CAGCGCUGAAGCCGCAGCAGUUUGUGGCGUUCAGGUGCAGCAGGUGCGGGACAUCAGCCACAACACCAAGAUCUUCCGCUUUGCCAUUGAGCCGGACACUCGGCUCGGCCUCACAGUGGCAUCAUGCCUUGUUACAAGGGCGCCCAUCGGCCCACCAGGGGAGGACGGCAAGCCCAAAGUUGUCAUUCGACCGUACACGCCCAUUACCCCGCCUGACGUCACGGGCCACUUCGACCUGCUCGUAAAGGUGUACCCAGAUGGCAAGAUGAGUCAGCACAUGUUCUCCCUCAAGCCGGGCGAUGCGCUUGAAAUGAAGGGCCCCAUCCCCAAGCUGCCCUACCAGCCCAACAUGAAGCGCAGCAUUGGCAUGGUGGCGGGCGGCUCGGGCAUCACGCCCAUGCUGCAGGUCAUCGACGCCAUCCUCUCCAACCCUGCCGACCACACGCAGGUGUCUCUGGUGUUCGCCAACACCUCCCCCUCCGACAUCCUUCUCGCUGACCAGCUGCGAGCCCUCGCCGCCUCGCACCCCAACUUCAAGGUGUACUUCAUGGUGGACAGGGCGGAGGCGGCGGCGGGGUGGAAGGGCGGGGUGGGGCUCAUCACGGCUGACGUGCUGCGCAAGGCCAUGCCCCCGCCCUCAGAUGACUCGCUCGUGCUGGUGUGUGGGCCACCCGGCAUGAUGCACCACGUGUCAGGGGGCAAGGCACCGGACAAGUCGCAGGGGGAGGUGGAUGGCCUUUUGAAGGCGCUGGGUUAUACCAAGGACCAAGUCUACAAGUUCUGAAACAUACCUCAGUGCGCCCAACUUGGGUGACGUUCAAAUUAUAAUAAGACUGGCUUGGAUUACAUGGUGGAAUAUACUCCUAGCAAUGUAUACUAUGUCGUGUAUUUACAACCUGAGGUUCUUUGUUAUGAAUCAUCGAAAGUAUAGUGCCGCAUUCUAUAGGGGA